AUGAAUUUACCAUUAUUGGCAGAGUAGAAAAUGGAAUCGAGUUUCAAGAAGAAAAGUAAUCGUGGUCACUCCAGUUAUCCUGCAGGAACUAAAAUAUCUUUACGUAAUAAUCAAUUAUUGAUUUCUACAGGAGUACCUUCUCUGGAUAGUUUGUUAGGUGGUGGUCUUGCUGUUGGAACAGUGUUGUUAAUUGAGGAAGACAACUAUGCUUGUUAUUCCAAGACAUUACUCAAGUGUUUCCUUGCUGAAGGUGUUGUAUCAAGACAUUCCUUGUUCCUAGCCACUGCAGGUCAUGAUCCCGAGGAGAUAUGGAAGAAUUUGCCCUGUGCUGUUGAUGACGUUAACGAGACUGGGGCAUCUGACGUGAAUAAACCGCCAGAAGGCGAUCAAUCCAUGAAAAUUGCUUGGAGGUAUGAAAACAUGCCCAAAGUCCGCCCAGCCGCUGUGAAAUUUGGCCACUUCUUUGACUUUACAAAAACUGUGGAUGUUGCAAGAAUAAAUAAAGUUUCUAAAUACGAAUAUAAGUCAAGAGACACCUGGUCAGGACAAGAUGGAGAUUCGCUGUGCCAAACAAGAUCAUCAUUAAAUCCGGAAUAUCGAAAUUUGUUAAACUCAAUAAGAAAAGUAAUUGAGGAAAAUGGUCAUUCUACUACUAACAAAGAGAUCAAAGAUCGAGUUAUUUUACGAAUUGCAAUACAAUCCCUGGAAUCUCCGUUGUGGUGUAACCAUAGUGAUGAAGAUCAUUCAUUAACGAUGUUCUUGUAUUAUCUCAGAGGAAUAUUACGAUCUUCCUUUGCUGUUUGUUUGAUCACAAUUCCUUCUUAUAUUCACCAGGAUUCGACAUUUAUCAAUCGUGUUGAGAGACUUUGUGACACCGUAGUAAAGUUUGAGUCAUUUGCAGGAUCAGAGAAAGAAACGAAUCCAAUAUAUAAAGACUAUAACGGUUUAUUUCAUAUUGUUCGUCUUCCAAGACUCAAUUCUCUGACAAGCUUUAUGCCUGAGACGUUGGAUCUGGCGUUCAAACUUCGGCGAAGAAAAUUUCUCAUCGAGAAGUUACAUCUUCCGCCUGACGUUGGUGAAAUCUCAAGUGAUGGACGGAAAGAUCCACUGUCUAAGAAUACUGGGGCAUAUGGUUGCGGAGCAUCACUGGGUGGCAGUAAGUUGGAUUUUUAAGAGACAAAUUGACGAUCUUGUGAUGCAUACAACCCUUGCAGAAGAUGC